AUGUAUAAUUUUAAUGAUAUAUUUAAAUGUAGAUCUCUUUUAACGUUUUUUUCUUUCUAUUUACAGAUUCCAAGUUCACGAUCAUUCUGCUCACAGCAAAGUGGAUAUCAUGCCAGACAUAUGAGAGAACACAAACAUGUCUUUGUGAACAGCACACUUUACAGACAUAUUCGAAUCACAUCAUCUGCAACUCUAGUUUUGGAAUCCUCUGGCUACAUACCACCGGUUCCACCCCUGCCAGAUGUGUCAAACUCACUGUCUGAGAUGACAGGAGCACUGAAUGCUCUAGGGGAACCAACACUUCAGUCAGUGGGUCUCGGCACUUUCUGGCCUGCUGGCUUGGUUCAGCAAGGCCUUGAGUUGCUGCAUGCAGGUCUUGGUUUGCCUUGGUGGGGCUCCAUUGUUGUAGGUACAAUUAUCAUUAGGACAUGCAUGUUCCCUCUUGUGGUCAAAUCUCAGAAAAUGUCCAUUAAUUUAAUGAACCAUAUGCCAACUGUACAGAGGUUGCAGCAGAAGUUCAGUGAUGCAAGACAGAGGGGCAACAUGAUGGAGGCUGUCCGGUACGGGAGUGAGUUAGCAGAUUACAUGAAGCGGAAUAAUGUCAAGCCUUUUAAUCAGUUAUUAAUGCCGAUAUGCCAGAUACCAAUAUUCUUGUCUGUAUUUGUUGGCCUGAGAGGGAUGGCCAAUCUUCCAGUGGAAAGUAUGAAGACAGGCGGGACGCUGUGGUUUCCCGAUCUCACCAUCACCGAGCCAUUUUAUGGGCUACCAAUGUUGACAGCGUUCACAUUUUGGUUGACAGUUGAGGUUGGUGUGGAUGGAAUCAGUGCUCAGACACAGGCACAUAUAAUGAAAUGGGUCCUCAGAGCAAUGCCUCUUAUUAUGUGGCCAUUCAUUUCUAAUUUUCCGGCAGCAAUGUUGGUGUACUGGUUCACAUCUAACAGCUUUUCACUGCUGCAAGUGUCAUUCUUGAAGAUCCCAAGUGUGCGUCAGUUCUUUAAGAUCCCAGAGAAGACCAUUCAUCAGAUCCAGCCAACAGAAAAGAAAGGCUUCAUUGAGGGCUUCAAAGAUUCCUACAGCAACAUGAAAGCAUCUCAGCAGGUCAUGGAGAGGCAAAGAUUAGAUGAGAAGAACUUUCGCAAAGCUGCUAUUGGCCCUGUGGUAAAAACGUACCAGUACAACCCAAAGGCAGUUACAGAUCCACAGAAGAUUGUGGCUAAAAGCACAGAACGGGGACAGCAGUCUAAUUCAUAG